GUUAAGCUCCGCCUAUGUAAUUGAAGUGCCGGGCCUCUAGAUGGCACUGUCCUCUUGUCAAACUACACGUGAAGAAUCUUUUAACCACAGACUGUAUAAAAAUAUGCUUUUACCCAAAACUGAGCUAAAGUGAAGGUGACCAAGUGCUAAUAUUUUCAAGAAUCAAGGGAGCUCUGGGCCUGACCAGCCGGUGCUUAAAGUCCCUUAGGCUGGAGCUGGAGGAUCUCGCUGGGGAGGAGCAGCUCACUCUGACAGAUAUCAUGGAUCAACAGAUACUCAGAGGAGCCAUGGCUGUCUCCCCUGUGCCCAAGACUACUCCACAGACAAGCACUAGUGGCUCCUUGAUUGACUACCUUCUGCCCAUUGCAUGCUGGGAUCUGCUCUAACCUCCAUGACCUGACGUGCAACAACAACAAUGCAACAAGGCGAGGGAAAAAGAACUGACAUGUGUUUUGGUAUUUGGCUGCAGUCAUGGCCGGGAGCUCAGAGAAAAUACCGAUCGCCUCAGCGGGACCCGAGGAUUUGCAACAGUUUUUGCCCCCGGCCUACUCUGCGGUGGCCGUGAAGCCCACCGCCACAGGGCGCCUCAUUAAGGCCGGGAUAGCGGUGCUCAUUGCCGGGGCUCUUCUGUUGCUGCUGGGGGCCGUUGGAGCUUUCUACUUCUGGAACAACAACGAGAAACACGUUUACAAUGUCCACUAUAGCAUGAGCAUCAAUGGCAAAGUCGAGGAGGGCUCAAUGGAGAUUGACGCUGAGAACAACAAGGAGAGUUUUAGGACCGGCAGUGGGGCGGACGAAGCCAUGGAGGUCCACGACUUUGAGAUUGGCAUCACUGGGAUCCGGUUUGCAGGAGGAGAAAAAUGCUACAUCAAGACGCAGGUGAAGGCUCGUCUGCCUGAUGUGGACACGCUGAACAAAGACACCCUGACCUUUGACCUGGAGGAUGAAGUGAUGCCUGCCAAGUUUGAUGAUAUGAUCUGGGUGGCAGCUGACGCUCCGCUGACGGACUCUGCUUUCCUCAGCACUAGGAUCAAAGACCUGUGUGGAGACCUUCCAAUCUUCUGGCUCCGCCCCACCUAUGCCACCAGCGAACAGAGGAAGAGGAGGACAGUUCCACGGCAGAGGCGCCAGGUCGAUGCCGAAGAGGAUGUUGAGGCAGAGUUCAACCCUGAAAACCCCUACCAGAGAGGUCUUGAGGGCGAGACAGGUGACAUGAACAUUGACCCCAUGAUGGACCACAACGGCAUCUGCUGUCACGAGUGUCGCCGUAGCUACACUCAUUGUAUGAAGGUGUGUGAGCCCCUGGGAGGAUACCACCCCUGGCCCUAUCAUUACAGAGGUUGCAGAACCGUGUGCAGGGUCAUCAUGCCCUGCAGCUGGUGGGUGGCUCGCACCCUGGGUAUAGUCUAA